AGGAAGCGUCUCUCGUAGGUGCGCUGAACGUUAGGGAGACGGGGUGGGUAGCGGGAAGCGCGGUAGUUGCUUCUCCUGCGCCAUAGUUUUCCUUGGGCGGUUGUGACGGACGCUCGCACCGAGACAUGGCCGAUUUUAUCGAUUCCGAAGCCGAGGAGAGUGAGGAUGAGGAGGAGUUGGAACCGCAUGAGCGCAAGAAGCUCCGGAAAGCUAAAGCCGUGUCGGACAGCGAGGACGAGGAGGACGACGACGAAGAACGGUUACGCGAGGAACUGAAGGAUCUGAUCGACGAUAAUCCGAUCGAGGAGAGUGACAACGAUGACGACUCGGACGAUGGGUCCGAGGGAGGUCAUCAGAAGCGCAAGAAGAGCGACGACGAGCUAGACGAUCGGCUCGAGGACGAGGACUAUGAGCUGAUCGAAGAGAAUCUGGGCGUCAAGGUCGAACGGAAACGCUUCAAACGGUUGAAAAAAUUCACCAACGACGAUGGAAGCGAUGGCGAGUCAGGUGACGAGGGCAUGAUACGUGAAACGAUCGAGAAUCGAUUGUUUGAGGAUGAAGAUCGAACUUCGGACCACGAGGGGCAGCGUGAUAAACUGGAGAGCGCACGCGACCACUACGGCGACGAAGAGGAAGACGAAGAAUCGGACGCGGACGACUUUAUUGUCGAUGACGACGGUGUUCCGAUCAGCGAUAAGCGCAAGAAGCGGAAGCACAUCUUCACCGAUGCUUCGUUGCAGGAGGGGCAGGACAUAUUCGGUGUGGAUUUCGAUUACGAUGAGUUUGAAAAGUAUGGCGAUGAGUACGAGGAAGGUUCGGAGGCCGAAGACGAGUACGAGGAAGAGCAGCUCGAUCAGCUGGAUCGCCCGAGCGCCGGCGAGGGUCGUGGAAAGAAGGGCGCGAAACAGGCCUCCCGCAAGCGCACGCUGAAGAAGUCGAUCUACGAGAUUUACGAGCCGAGCGAACUGAAGCGGGGUCACUUUACCGAUCUGGACAAUGAGGUGCGGCGUGUCGAUAUACCGGAACGGUUGCAGCUUCGCGAUGUGCCGGUGACCGGUAUUGCCGAAGGUUCGGUGGAGCUCGAGGAGGAAGCGGAAUGGAUCUACACGCAAGCGUUCUGCAAACCGCACGUCUCCGAUCAGGGCCCCGUCACACGGAAGCCGCCCUCGAACGUGCCAAAGAUCAAGCAGGCACUCGACUUUAUGCGCAACCAGCACCUGGAGGUUCCGUUCAUCGCUUUCUACCGCAAGGAGUACGUGCAGCCCGACCUGAACAUUAACGAUCUGUGGAAGAUCUACAAGUACGACUCGAUGUGGUGUCAGCUGCUCGGGCGCAAAACGUCCCUGCAGCGGCUGUACGAGAACAUGCGCAACUACCAGCUGGACAAGCUGAUGGAAACCCCGGACGCGCCCAUACCGGAGGAGAUGCGCGUCAUACGGGACGAAGACUUGGAGCGGUUGCGAGCCGUUCAGUCGCCCGAAGAGCUGAAGGAUGUCCAUCUGCACUUCCUGCUGUACUACGCGCACGAGAUCGCCCCAAUGAAGACGCGGUUGAAGGAAAAGUCACGCGAGCAGGUACGGGCGAAGAAAAAGCAGCGCCCCAAUGCUGCGGCACAUGAAGGGGACGAGGAUGAGCCGCGGGUGGACGAGGAUGACGAGGAGGGCGACGAGGGCGGUCAGGAUCAAAUUCGGUUAAACAUCGACAUCGGACCGUACGCAAUCUGUCGGAAGCGGGGGCUCACGGGGCUGACGAAACGCUUCGGACUGACGCCGGAGCAGUACGCAGAGAACGUGCGCGACAGCUAUCAGCGGCACGAGGUGGAACAGGAGACCAAGGAUCCGCUCGAGGUGGCCAAAGAGUACAUGGGGACGAGCUUCACCUCGCCGGAAGAGGUACUGCAGGGUGGCGUGUUUAUGGUGGCGCGCCAGCUCGCCCGGGAACCGCUGCUGCGCAAGUGCAUCCGUGAGCUGUUCUUCGAGCGCGCCAAACUGAACGUGCGUCCGACGAAGAAGGGCAUGAAGGAGAUGGACGAGACGCACCCGUGCUACGGAUUGAAGUAUCUGCGCGAAAAGCCGGUACGCGAUCUGACCUGUGAUCAGUACCUGAAGCUGACCAUGGCCCAGGAAGACAAACUGCUGACGAUCGAGAUCGUCGACCGGAUCGAGGGUAACGCGUCGGCCGAUUUGCUCGAGGAACUGAAGGCCCUCUACUAUCGGGAUGAGUUUGCCAAGAACGUGCAAGAGUGGAACCGGUUGCGGGCCGAGUGCGUGGUGCUGGCCGUGAACCGUAUGGUGGUGCCGGAACUAAAGCGCGAACUGCACAACACCCUGCUGGCCGAGGCGAAGGAUGCGGUGCUGCGCGUCUGCUGCCGUAAGCUGUACAACUGGAUCAAGGUGGCCCCGUAUAGGCCGCCCGUGCCCGACUUUGACGAUUACGAGUGGGAAACGACACGGGGUGUGCGCGUCAUGGGCGUGGCGUACGUGCCCGACUUCACGCAGUCCGCAUUCGGUGCGAUCAUCGCACCGGAUGGUGAAGUGACGGACUAUCUGCGCAUUCCGCAUCUACUGAAGAAGAAGAACGCGUACCGCGAGUCCGAGAAGCAGUGCAAGGAGACGGAUCUGCGCACGAUCACCAACUUCAUACGCAGCAAGAAACCGCACGUGAUCGUGAUCGGCGGUGAGUCGAAGGACGCCAUUAUGGUGCAGCAGGACUUUGUCGAGUGCUUGAAGCGCUUGCAGGAGGACGAACAGUUCCCGCAGGUGGCGGUCGAGAUCGUGGACAACGAGCUGGCCAAGGUGUACGCCAACUCGGCCAAAGGGGGCACCGAUUUUCGCGAGUACCCGGCGCUGCUGCGGCAAGCGAUAUCGCUGGCCCGGCGUGUCCAGGACCCGUUGGUGGAGUUUUCGCAGCUGUGCAACACGGACGAGGAAAUACUGUGUCUGCGCUACCACACGCUGCAGGAUCAGCUCCCGAAGGAGGAACUGCUGGAGAGCAUCUAUCUGGAGUUUAUUAACCGCACGAACGAGGUCGGUGUGGACGUGAACCUGGCGGUCCAGAACCCACUGACGGCCAAUUUGGUGCAGUUUAUCUGCGGCCUGGGACCACGCAAGGGUCAGGCCCUGCUGAAGGUGCUGAAGCAGACGAACCAGCGGUUGGAGAACCGGACGCAGCUCGUGACCACGUGCCACAUGGGGCCGAAGGUGUUUAUCAACUGUUCCGGCUUCAUCAAGAUUGACACGAACUCGCUCGGCGACAGCACGGAGGCGUACGUGGAGGUACUGGAUGGGUCCCGGGUGCACCCGGAGACGUACGAAUGGGCACGCAAAAUGGCGGUCGAUGCGCUCGAGUACGACGACGAGGAUGCCAAUCCGGCCGGGGCGCUCGAGGAAAUCUUGGAGGCGCCCGAACGGCUCAAGGAUCUCGAUCUGGACGCGUUCGCAAUCGAACUCGAGCGACAGGGUUUCGGCAACAAGAGCAUAACCCUGUACGAUAUUCGUGCGGAGCUGAACUCGCGGUACAAAGACCUACGGACACCGUUCCGCUCGGUGACGGCGGAAGAACUGUUCGAUUACCUCACGAAAGAGACACCGGAAACGCUGUAUGUGGGCAAGAUGAUGCUGGCCACGGUCGCCGGGUUUACGUACCGGAAACCGCAAGGUGAUCAGCUCGAUCAGGCCAACCCGGUGCGCAACGACGACACCGGCUUCUGGCAGUGCCCGUUCUGCAUGAAGACGGAGUUCCCCGAGCUGUCGGAGGUGUGGAACCACUUCGAUGCGGGCGAAUGCCCUGGCCAGGCAACCGGUGUGCGGUUACGAUUCGACAACGGACUGAAUGGCUUUAUUCACAUCAAAAACCUGUCGGACAAGCAUGUGAAGAAUCCCGAAGAACGGGUACAGGUCGGUCAGACGGUACACGUGCGCGUGACAAAGAUUGACAUCGAGCGCUUCUCGCUCGAGUGCUCGUCGAAGAGUUCGGAUCUGUGCGAUCGCAAGAACGAAUGGCGCCCCCGGAAAGACCCGUGCUACGAUCAGGACCAGGAGGAGACGGACAGUAAGAAGGAGGCCGACUCCAAGAAGCAGCAAGCCCGGCAACAGUACGUGAAGCGCGUCAUCGUGCACCCGUCGUUUCAUAACAUUUCCUACGCGGAAGCCCUCAAGCUGCUGGAGGGUUUCGAGCAGGGCGACGUGAUCGUACGACCGUCCAGCAAGGGCUCGGACCACCUGACCGCCACCUGGAAGGUGACGGACGGUAUCUACCAACACAUCGAUGUGCGCGAGGAAGGCAAAGAGAACGUGUUCAGUCUCGGCCAAUCGCUGUGGAUCGGUAACGAUGAGUUCGAGGAUCUGGACGAAAUCAUUGCGCGCCACAUCACCCCGAUGGCGACGUACGUGCGCGAUCUGCUCAACUACAAAUACUACCGGGACACGGACGGUGGCUCGAAGGAGAAGGCGGAGGAGAUCAUACGGGCGGAGAAGCAGAAGAACCCGAGCAAGAUCCACUACAUCGUCUCCGUUUCGAAGCAGUAUCCGGGCCGCUUUCUGCUCUCGUACCUUCCGCGCACCAAAUUCCGGCACGAAUACGUGACGAUCACUCCGGACGGGUACCGGUUCCGGCACCAGGCGUUCGAUUCCGUCAACUCGCUGCUCAAGUGGUUCAAGGAGCACUUCCGAGAUCCGAUACCGAUCGAGACGCCCAAGAGUACACCCAAGAUCGGUAGCCUGUCGGCGUCCCGCACCCCGUACGGCAGUACGCCCAAGUUUAGCGAUCUUAACAGUGAAGCCAUCGAGUCUGUAGCAAAGAACAUGCCCGCCCACAUGCUAAGCUCGCUGUCGGCCGCGGCACACAAUACACCGCACUACUCCUUCACCCCGCUGGAGUACGGAUCGAGCAACUAUGUCACCACGCCCUACACACCGAGCGGUCAAACGCCGUAUAUGACGCCGUAUCAGCAAACGCCACACUUUUCGCAAACGCCUGGCUACGGCACCUCGACGCCGUCGCAGUACUCCAACAAAUCGUCCUACGGAGGCAUGUCCGCCUCGGGCCAUCCGCCAAGCAGUCACGCGUACAAAACGUCAUCCUCCCGCACGGGCAUGGGUGGCGGUGCGAGCAGUGUGGCCAGCAGCAGUAGCAGCCUUAUGAUGAUGAGCAGCCAGCAGCAACCUUCACCGUACUCCAACAGCAGCGACCAUCACUAUCGAACACAGCCACCGCGGAGCGUCGAGUACGAUAGCUGGUCGAAGGCGACCGACUCGUGGAGCAAUCGCGCCGGCACUGGGAGUAGCAUGGCAAAGGGACACCAUCAAUCGUCCGAUCGAAGCUCAAUGUCCGGUGCUGGAUCUUACCGUCAGCAUCACGGCGGAAGAUCGAGCGAUUCGGUGUCGUCGUCCAACUCGCACGAUCAUCGCAUGACACCGAAAGCGAACUCUUCCAGGUACUCAUCCAGUGGCCGAUCGCCAAUGCCACCACCGUCCGGGCCGCCCCCAGCUCAAGCCCAGCAGACACCAAACGUUUCGCAGACCCUCGGCGACGCAACGCCACUGUGGGACGAGUAAAGAGCGAUCGCGGAGCGUGAGCGGAUCUUACACUCGUGAGUAACGAUCGCGUGAAACAAUGGACGCCGUAACACGGAAACAUAUGAUAACAAUCAGAGACGCAACGUUAGCGAGUAAGGCAACAAAACAAUUGAUCGCAAGAAAUAUAAUA